AUGGCUUCUGGAAAUGAUAAUGGAGGUGUUAUUGGUGGCAUUCAUGGCGGAAAUAAUGUUGCUCUUUAUUUCAUUUCUAAUUCGGAUAAUCCGAAUUCUUCUCUUGUACCUGUUGUGUUUACUGGCGUCAAUUAUAUGCGUUGGCGUCGGAAUGUGUUGCGAGCACUUGGAGAGAAGAAUAAGAUCGGGUUCGUCGAUGGAUCGAUUCCAGAACUUGUUGUGAAUGAUUCUUUGUUUUCUAAGUGGAAAUGUUGUGAUUACAUGGUUAUGAGUUGGUUGCUGAGCUCAAUGAGUGCUGAUAUUGAUGAUGAUUUUGCGUAUGUUGAGAGUGUUGCAGAGUUAUGGAGUGAAAUCAAGGAGCGAUUUGGUCAAUCAAAUGGUCCUUUGAUUUCAGCGAGCUUAAGAAAGAGAUUAACAAUCUCAAACAGGAUAAUCUCUCAAUUUUUGGCUCAUUAUGGAAAAAUGAAGAGAUUAUGGGAUGAAAUGCAGAGUUUGCGUUGUUUUUCGACUUGUAGUUGUGGUGCUUUGGCUGGAUGUAGUUGUGAAUUUCUCAAGAAACUUCAAGAUUUUGAGAGUGAAGAGAAAUUGAUGUAG